AUGUAUGAGGGUAUCUUAAUACCACCCGAAAAACAGGAUUUCUAUGAUUAUCAUUUGGAUUUUAUGCGGAAAAGGAUUACAGUUCCGCGCCAUCUAAGAGGUUGUGUUUGUAGUGAGGACCAGCCCUGCAUUAAAUUGUGUUGUGAAAUGGAUGAGUAUCUUAAUAUGAGUGAAUGUGAAAACUUGACUCCGAAAAUGAAAGUUCAAUGGAAAUUGCCAAUACAACGAAAAAAUUAUGAAAUUGAAACUGUAGAUAUAUUUAAACAUUUUACCACACAAGUGGAAUUACCUUGCCGGUGGCCAGUGGAACUGGAUCAGAAUUUUGAAGAAUGGAUUUUGAAAGAGAAUGGAAUUUUAUCUAUUCUAUGGAAUGAUUACGAACACAACACUUGGGACUAUUGUUACUCACAACUACCUAUAGAAAACUCACAACUACCUUUAGAAAAGGAUUCUACGGAAUAUGUAUUAACACCAUUCAGUUGUCCCAGAUGGAAUGUAAUUGCCUGGAAAAUAAUCCUUAAUACAUAUGCUACAAUACUGGUAUAUUCCGUGUUAAGAGAAUUAAGGGAACAUUUGAGCGGCCAUCUAAUGAUUUGUUAUGUAUUGUCACAGAUCGUAUUUAAUGCCAUUUUGUCGUUUAUAAAUAUCUCGAACAUAAGAUUCGAUUUUAUAUUAUGUUUUAUUAUGGGUUACACCGCUUACUACUUCAAUUUAUCUUUCUAUUUAUGGCUCAGCGUUGUAUGCUAUGAUAUUUCUAAAACUUUUAAUAAUAUUAAUUCUGAAUUGAAUUUAAGAAAAGAUCGCAAGAAGUUUAUUAUAUAUUCCUUGUAUGUCUGGCUAACUGCUGGACUAGCAACUGCUAUUGGUAUUUUAUUAGACCUAUUACCGAAUGUGGAUGAAAUGUUUAAGGCCGGUGUUGGUUUGGAGAUAUGUUUUAUAAAUGAAAGCGCCUCUUAA